UUCGGAGGGGAGCGUCCACGAAGAGAGAGGCGGACAAAGCGUCCGUUGCCUCGCCUCUCCAUCCUUUCGAGCCGACAACGCACGACUAUAACGAACCAAAGACGAACAAAAUACACAAAAGUUGAUCGACUCGAAGACCAAAGGCGACGGCAACGGCAACGGCGACGGCGACGGCGACUAAAGGAGGUGGAUGCCACCCUGCCUUCUCUACGCCACCUUCUCGGCCUCCGUCGCUGUGGGCUUCUCCUCCGCCUCAGCGCCGGCCGCCGGCUCAACCCGGAAGGAGAUCAAAGUUGGCGUUGAUGUAACUGUGCAUCUAUACUGAUCGGGUUGACAAAAAAGAACUUUUCAGCAGAGUUGUCAGCCAUGGUUAGCAUAAGAAGAAGAAGAUAUUUGGGGCUUUGUUCCGGGAAAAGCUCCUUUCCUGUUGUGCUUCCUAAGCCAAUCGAGCAUAAUAUUUCUGUGGGCAAUUCUAAUCCACAUGUGAAUCUAAAUAGUGUGCAUCCUUUUCCUUCAGUUGACGCAAGUCUUGUAGAGAUGGAAGACAAGUCCAAAACAUUUCCUGGAUCCUCAUAUGCCUUUGAAUCAAGCAUGUCGAUGGAGGAACCAAAGAAUUACAGCCCAGGCAAAGAAAUUAAAUGCAGAAAGCGACAUAGAAAAAAGCACCAUGAAGACCAGAAGCCAUGCAUAAUGAGAGGAGUAUAUUUUAAGAACAUGAAAUGGCAAGCAGCAAUAAAAGUCGACAAGAAACAAAUUCACCUAGGGACAGUUGGAUCUCAGGAAGAAGCUGCACGAUUGUAUGACAGAGCAGCUUUCAUGUGUGGGAGAGAACCUAAUUUUGGGCUCUCAGAUAGGGAGAAAGAAGAGCUUAGGCAAUUCGACUGGGAAGAGUUUUUGGCCCUAACUCGGAGUACAAUCAACAACAAGAAGCAGCAGAGAAAGUUCAGUACUGUAGGGCAGCAAAACAAGUUGGAGACUAAAACCACAGAUAGCAACUGGGAACUUGGAGGAGGAGCUCGUCAGUCAUCUAUCUCCGACGAUGACGAUGAUGUUGAUCCCGAUACGCCUGUCUCAUAACCAAGACCAUAUUACAAAAGUUGAGGCUAGUUCAUACACACAUAGUUGAUGAUGAUAACCAAGUAGUAUUCUCAUUGCUUCGGAAAAAGGCCGUAUUAGGGCAUUUUACUCUUGAUAUCUGCUCGUAUGUGAUGCGAUUGUCAACAUCUUUUUAAGGUUGUGGCAAUGCUAACCGCAAUUCUUGCGGAGACAAUGGUGACUAUGGUCUAGAUUUAGUAAAAAAAGAUAUAUAAUUUAAGAUUUUAAAA